AUAUGACAACGUUAAUCGCCAUGUUUUUAUAGUCGACAGUUUCGAAAGAUGGAUUAUUUUUCAAUCUGUAUUUGACACGCUAAUAAGCGGCUGCUGAAAAUGAAACGGUAUGGCAAAUUUUCUAACAGACAUUUCGGAAGAGACACGGUUGAAGAUUACCUUGGUGUCAUCCAUUCUCAGCCUGAUUUGCAUUAUUCCUUCGCUCAUGCUGCUAGGUGCCGGGGCCUACAUUCAAGUUGCUGUUCAGACAAAAGCUCGCUUGAUUAAGGAUUUAGAUGCAACAGUUUUACCUUCAUGUAUAAUUACUAUAGGAUUUUUGUGCGUGUUUCACAAUUCCUUUUGUGGGGCGGUGGUGUUUUUGAGCAGGAGAAGGAAGAAGAGGGAGGGCGUCAUUAAAUUUUUGUUCCCUACAGUUAUAAUAGGCCUUGUGCUCUGUCUGGCGAUUUUCGCAGCAGGGAUUAUGUGUUUUGUACAAAUUACCCAUCUAAGCGAUUCAUUACGAAAGGGCAUAUCCACAGCAAUGAAAGAAUACAAAUCGGAUCCCGUCUUGAAACAAGAGAUGGACAUUGUGCAGAUUGAGUUCGAGUGUUGUGGAAACGAUAAGUACACAGACUGGUUUGCCGUUUCCUGGAUACAUAGUGACUACCUAGCUGCUAAAAGUGCUGUUGCAAACAACAUCAACGACGACGUGCCCUACAGCUGUUGUAAUCCCGCGUCACCACGUCCCUGUAUCAACCACGGCAUCCACGACAACAAACUUCACCAUGACUACGAUUUCCGAAUGUCGACGACACUACACAACACGGGAUGUCGUCCCGCCCUGGACAAGUUCUAUGGGUGGGGGUUGCUCACGGAUGUGGGUGCUCUCAUCGUGUGUAUUUCGCUCCUGCAGGGUGUUGCUGUUAUACUGACACGAAUCGUUCAGACAUCCAUGACUACAGCUUAUGAAAAUGGCGAUCUGUUCGGCCCAGCUACAGGAUAUAUUUUCUGGUGCAAAACCUCUGCUGAUGACGAAGGCAGGGAUGUGGCUGAACGUCUUCUCCCUGACAACGAUGACCUCACGUGGGGCUCAGAUUUCGAAGACGAUGAUCAUCAAUAUGAUGUUCCCCAGAACGAGGGAGAUAUGUCCCCGGAUGUCCAAUCAAAUGAUUCAUCGGAACAUAUUUACCACGCAAUAGAAUUCAGCCCAUCUUCACCCCGAAAGUCACAUACAACAGCAUACAACAACUCCGCGCACCUGCCAACAACUCUGUCCACUGGGGUACCAUCUUCACAUGCUCCCCCUGUCCCCAGCCGUGGGAAGCAGUAUGCGUCUCCCCCAAGGUCACGCUCCCCCAGCCCCGUCCGAGUCCCUUCAUCCCCAAGCACCCCUCUAAACUUCCUUGAUGUUUCACCACAGAACACUUCCACGAAGGCGUCGCGCCAUAGUCAUUCUCGCCUUAUACCUUCGGUCAGACAUCCCGUUCUCAACACGAUGUGAUCAGCAUCUUCAUCUUCAAGUGCAACUGUUUAAAUGUGUGAUAUUCAAAGAAACAUGUCAAUUUCUUCAACAUUUGAGGAAUGGUUCGAUACAAGGCUUUGAGGCUGGAACCGUUAGAGCACUGUAACUCCGACAAACACUGAUGUCACUCAUUGAGAUGUACAUUUAUUAAACUGUCUUAUUUGUAACUGAU